GAUCAAACAUGAGAUCACUCCAAAUAUUUCUGACACCGUGAAAGCAAUCUCAGCAGAUAUAUACUAGAACAAAUCUAUACACUUACUUAUGCAAAGUCGACCAAGCUUUUUCGUAUAUAAUAACCAUCGACGUACACAAGGAAUUUCGCAUUUGCUCAAUUUACACUAUAAUCGUACAUCAUGCCUUGGUCUUUCUUGUUCAUAAUCUUGAAUAUUUGGUCGGCUGUGAACGCGAUCUCACCGCUGAACUUCCGGUCGCUGCCAGGAUGGGGAGCGCCGUCCCAGCCGUCAACGACAGAAAACUACGACUUCCACGAGAUUCUCGACGAGAACCAGGAUUUCCAUGUGCACUGGAACGUUGAUCACGAGCAGAAGAACAUCACAUUCGAGCUCCACGUGCGCACGCAUGGUUAUGUGGGCUUCGGGAUCUCGCAUAACGGAAAGAUGUUCCCGGCGGAUAUAGUAAUUGGAUGGGUGAAGGACGAACAGAUACACUUCAAGGACCGACACGCUGUGGCGCUGGAGAUGCCGCUCGUUGACUCCUCCCAGGACUGGCACCUGCUCUAUGGCGCCGAGAACACGUGGGGUACCGUGCUGAAAGUCACGCGCCUACUUGACACGUGCGAUCCGGAUGAUUACACCAUCAGCGACGACACGGUUCACCUGCUGUACGCCUACCACCCCGACGACCCGGCAGAUGACAACAACAUCCCUUUUCACGGAAGCAGGCGACACGGAUCCAAGAGUAUCUCAUUGACAACCAAGAUGACACCUCCUGAGUUGCCGAGUGACGUGCAGUACAUUGAUUGGAUGAACGGGAAGGUGCUCGUUCCCAACAAGGAAACCUACUACCGGUGUAAGACUUUCACCUUCGAUCAGCUGCACAAGAAACACCACCUGGUCAGGGUGGAGCCCCGCAUCCAGAAAGGCCACGAGAACCUCAUCCACCACAUCAUCGUGUACAAGUGCGCGGACGUGGACCGGAAGUUCCUCGGUAUCGAGUACGAGUGCUACAUGCAGCCUAACACACAGCUCUACCCGUGCAGCGCCAUCAUGUUCGGAUGGGAGUUCAGUGGGAACAUGGAUUACCCGGAACACGCGGGUCUGCCAAUCGCCGAGCCCGACGACGACGCCAUCUACAUCAUGGAGACGCACUACAACAACCCGGAACUCGUCGGGGACAUCGUGGACGACUCCGGUAUCCGGAUCUACUACACGCCAACUCUGAGGCAGUACGACGCCGGCGUCCUUAUGACGGGGAUCCCCAUAAGCCCUCUGCAGGUGGUGCCGCCCCUGGAAUCGCAUUUCACAACCACGGGCUUCUGUCACCGCGACUGUCUCAACCAGGAGCUCCAGAACCGCCUGAAUUCAACUCCAAUCAGGAUAUUCGCAGUCUGGCAGCACUCGCACAAGAUGGCCUUCCGGUUGCGUACGCGUCACUUCCGGAAUGGCGUGGAGCUGGAGCCGCUUGCAGACGACGCUAACUACGACUGGAACUAUCAGGGCUUCCGGUACUUGAAAAACAACACGACCAUGGAGGCGGGAGACGAGUUCGUGUACACGUGUCAUUACAAUUCCAUGAAGAAACGGACGGCAGUAUUUGGCGGACCGUCCACCACGGACGAGAUGUGCUUUUCUCUGAUCUUCUACUACCCCCGGAUCGGCGUCGAGUCAUGCCAGGCGACGCCGCUGUUUGACGGCUCGAACACGACCCGGGGAUUCAUCAAUGAACUCAACCCGCAGUACCCCUGGGGGUCGGAGGAAGCUCGAGCCAAGUUCAAGAAGUCCCUGGUGAACUCCAAGUACAGGGCGCACUGUCACGGAGAGAAACGCUCGCCUAAGUGGGAGUACGUGGAGCUGGAGAUUCCCAAACCCACCGUGCCUUACAUCCCGCCCCAGUCCGACUGUCCCGAGGCUGGGGAUGGCCGCUAGGAGACGCUCACUACACCUCGAGGGUGGGAAGGCUCGCUAGAAAGACUGAAGCUAGAAUGGACAGUUUUUUUAAAUCAAUGUGUUAGUUUGAACCAUCGAUAUAAUGUUCCAAAAUCAUGUUAUAAAGUGUGUUUCGGAAAUUA